AUGAUAAAUUACUUUAAUGAUUAUGCAAAUCUGUGUUUUGAGAAGUUUGGCGAUCGUGUGAAACAUUGGAUUACUUUUAGUAAUCCUUGGGCAGUUGCUGAAAAGGGUUAUGAAACAGGAGAACAUGCACCAGGACUGAAGCUCGGUGGAUGCGGAGCAUACAAAGCAGCACACCAUAUAAUUAAAACUCAUGCGAAGGUAUGGCACUCUUACAAUAACACAUGGCGUAGUGAGCAGCAAGGUAUGGUUGGAAUCUCCCUAACUAGUGGCUGGGGUGAACCUGUUGAUCCACAUAGCCAAACAGAUAGAGAUGCUGCCGAAAGAUAUAUACAGUUUCAUUUAGGAUGGUUUGCAAAUCCAAUUUACAGAGGAGACUAUCCAGAAGUUAUGAAGAAUUAUGUAGGUAGGAAGAGUGCCCAGCAGGGCCUGGGGACAUCAAGAUUACCAACUUUCUCAGUGCAAGAGAAAACCUAUAUUAAAGGCACAUCGGAUUUCCUGGGAAUAGGUCAUUUUACUACUCGUUAUGUUCUACAGAAGAGCUUUCCCUUUCUACAAGUGUCCAGUUACCACACUGACCGCGAUUUGGCUGAACUGGUGGACCCAAAAUGGCCAGCUCCCGGACCUAAAUGGUUAUAUUCUGUGCCUUGGGGAUUCAGAAGAUUACUCAACUUCAUUAAGACACAGUAUGGGAACCCUCUCAUUUAUGUGACAGAGAAUGGAGUUUCUGAAAAGGUACAGUGUACUCAGCUGUGUGAUGAAUGGCGGAUAGAGUAUCUGAAAGGAUAUAUUAAUGAAAUACUGAAAGAUUCCCUGAUUACUCACAUGGAGAUGGUGACAGAGAUUGUUCUUCCUACAGUUUUCACGCUCUGCAUACUCAUCAGUAUUGUCCUAAUAGUCUACCUUCGAAAUCAUAGUUGA